AUGACAACGUACAAAUUUGACGUCAGCGAACUGCAGAAGCUGAAAGGAAAAACAAUCUUGAUCACCGGUGCAUCAACGGGCAUAGGGCGGGCAACUGCGCAGAUUGCACAUGCGUCUGGUGCCAAUAUCGUUAUAGGGGACUGGAACGUAGAUGAAGGGCGUGCUCUGGUAGAGGAGCUCAAACAGAAAGUCCUGUUUCAAAAAACAGAUGUCACAAAAUGGGAGGAUGUUCUCGCGCUGUUCGAGGCGGCGCACCAACGUUUCGGCGUCAUUCACGCAGUCCUCUCAAACGCAGGCAUCAACUCUGAGAACCUCCUCGACACCGAAUUCGACAAGGAGACAGGCGCACUUCUACCCCCAAACUUGAAGUCGCUGGAUGUCAACUUGGUGGGCACUUUAUACAUGGUGAAAGUCGCACUUUAUUACUUCGAGAAGUGGCCCCAAAUACAAUCUCAAAUUGUGUUAACGGCCUCGGCUGCAAGCUUCAUCGACACUCCGCCACUGCAUGUCUACUGUGCGGGAAAGGCUGGCGUUCUUGGACUUAUGCGAUCUUUACGUACGCAGGUAAUUAAGAAGAAUGCGACAAUCAACGUUAUUGCACCAUGGCUUACCGUGACGCCAAUGUUAUUGCCAGCGUUGCUGGACAUAUGGGGGACUUUGCCUGCUAAUAAACCGGCGGGAGUGGCACACGCUCUCCUGCUUCCAGUGGUGCGGCCUGAUGUGAAUGGGAAGGCUUUCUUUGUCGCUGGUCAUGAAAUCGUAGAUUUCGAGGACAAGCUGCAUGAAACACAACCUCUGUGGAUGGGCAAACAAUUGAGUGAGGACGUUGAUGAGGGACAACGGAGAUUGAUCCCGUAG